CCGGAACGCCGAACAAUUCACGUUCGCGUGCAUGAUCCAAAAAUAUAUAUAGACAACAAAAUAAAAGAAUCAAAAAUAGACACAAAAUAUACCAAAGCGGCUAAAGCACAUGAGCACCUAGUAAACAAAAUAUAUAUUAAAAUUUAACAACUAGAAAUAGAUUAAAUGCAUUUUGGGCUGGUUGUUGUAAUACUACUGUGGACACAUGCGGCUCAUGGCUAUGGGAGCAAUUCCUAUGCAGCUUCCAAUAGACAGGCCAUACGCAUCGGUCUAAUCACAGAUGACACCACGGAUAGAAUCCGUCAAACUUUUGAGCAUGCCAUAGCCGUGGCUAAUAGCGACCUGAGCGUCCCCCUAGUGGGUGAAACAGAGCAAGUGGCGUAUGGGAAUUCCGUACAUGCGUUUGAGCAACUAUGCAGACUAAUGCAGAGUGGGGUCGGUGCAGUAUUUGGACCAGCAGCCAAGCAUACUGCAUCCCAUUUACUGAAUGCUUGCGAUGCCAAAGACAUACCUUUCAUAUAUCCUCAUCUUUCGUGGAGUCUACAAACAGAUGGCUUUAACUUGCAUCCGCAUCCGGAAGAUAUUGCUCAUGCCCUCUACGACAUCAUCACACAGUUCGAAUGGUCACGAUUUAUUUUCUGCUACGAAUCCUCGGAAUACCUUACUAUACUGGAUCACCUAAUGACAUUGUAUGGUAUCAAAGGACCAGUUAUCAAAGUCAUGCGCUACGAUCUCAAUCUCAAUGGCAACUAUAAGGCUGUUCUGCGGCGCGUUCGCAAAUCUGAGGACAGUCGCAUCGUAGUCGUGGGUUCGACGGAGGGCGUGGCCGAACUGCUGCGUCAGGCGCAGCAGGUGGGCAUAAUGAAUGAGGACUACACAUAUUUAGUGGGAAAUUUGGAUCUGCACACCUACGAGCUGGAGGAGUACAAAUACAGUGAGGCAAAUAUAACCGGCAUACGUAUGUUUGACCCAGAUAGAAAGGAAGUGCGUGACUUAGUCGAAACGCUACAACACGAGCUAGGCGAAAGUGAGCCCAUGAAUAAUGGUUCAACGUCUAUAACGUUGGCCAUGGCUCUAACCUACGAUGCAGUGCGUGUCAUUGCCGAAACAACCAACUUCUUGCCCUACCAGCCGCAACAGCUAAAUUGCUCCGAGCGUCAUGAUAAUGUUCAGCCAGAUGGCUCCACUUUCAGAAAUUAUAUGCGAUCGUUGGAAAUUUUAGAGAAAACAAUUACAGGACGAAUUUUUUUUCAAGGCAAUAUGCGUAAAGGAUUUAGUUUCGAUGUGAUUGAGCUGCAGCCCGUGGGUUUGGUGAAGGUGGGUACCUGGGAGGAAGGCAAAGAGUUUGAAUUUAAGCGGCCACCACCAAUAACAAAUCUAAAUGAAAACGAGGAAAAUACCUUGGUUAAUAAAACCUUUAAGGUACUUAUAUCUGUUCCGAACAAACCAUAUGCUAGUCUGGUAGAAAGUAUUAAUACUUUGAUUGGCAAUAAUCAGUUUGAGGGUUAUGGCGUAGAUCUGAUUAAAGAGCUGGCCGAGAAACUUGGCUUUAACUUCACCUUUCACAAUGGUGGCAAUGAUUACGGCUCCUUCAAUAAAAGCACAAAUAUGACAACAGGAAUGCUUAAAGAAAUUGUUGAGGGCCAUGCAGACUUGGCCAUCACGGACUUGACUAUCACUUCAGAAAGAGAGGAAGCCAUUGAUUUUUCCAUACCAUUUAUGAAUCUUGGUAUUGCCAUUUUAUAUAUAAAGCCUCAAAAGGCUGAGCCAGAGAUCUUUUCUUUCAUGGACCCAUUUUCAAAGGAGGUUUGGCUGUACCUGGGCAUUGCCUACUUGGGCGUCUCACUAUGUCUUUUUGUUCUUGGCCGUCUCUCACCUUCCGAAUGGGAUAAUCCAUAUCCCUGUAUUGAAGAACCGGAAGAACUGGAGAAUCAAUUCACCAUAAAUAAUUCACUGUGGUUCACCACAGGUGCUUUGCUCCAGCAGGGUUCCGAAAUUGCGCCAAAAGCCCUUAGCACACGCACAAUAUCCGCUAUUUGGUGGUUUUUCACACUGAUUAUGGUGUCCUCAUACACAGCGAACUUGGCUGCAUUUCUGACCAUAGAAAACCCAUCGAGUUCAAUUAACAGCGUUGAGGAUUUGGCAGAGAACAAAGACGACGUUCAAUAUGGAGCCAAGCGCACCGGCUCAACGAGAAACUUUUUCUUGACAUCCGAAGACCCAAUCUACAUGAAAAUGAAUGCCUACAUGACCAAUAAUCCAGAGAUGCUUACUGAAACAAAUCAAGCGGGCGUCGAUAAAGUCAAGGCAGGCACAAAAUAUGCUUUUCUCAUGGAAUCAACUUCCAUUGAGUAUAACACGGUGAGAGAGUGUACACUUAAAAAAAUCGGCGAAGCAUUGGAUGAAAAGGGUUACGGCAUUGCAAUGCCUAAAAAUUGGCCAUAUCGCGAUAAAUUUAACAAUGCUUUGCUCGAGCUCCAGGAGCAGGGAGUGCUGGCCAGGCUAAAGAACAAAUGGUGGAACGAAAUAGGUGCCGGUGUUUGUAGCGAUAAGGGCGACGACGAUGGUUCUUCUGCCUUGGGCAUGAAAAAUUUGAGUGGUAUUUACGCAGUACUAAUCGUUGGGUCGUUGCUUUCUUUUGUCAUCUCCUUUUUCUACUGGUGCUUAUUUGUCUUCAAGAAAGCCAAGUUCUAUGAGGUGCCCUUCUGCGAUGCCCUUGCUGAGGAGUUUAAAAUUGUUGUCAGCUUUGCGGAAAAUGAACGAGCUCUGAAGAGCGCCCAGUCGGUGUAUUCACGCAGCCGCAAUUCUUCCCAAUCCAUAGAAUCACUACAAACUGAUUCGGAGAAUACCAUACCCGAAGGAGACUAA